UAUUGAUCUGCCCUUCUGGGCAGGCAGUGGGACCAUCAGACAGACGCCAUGAGGGCUCUACUGCUGCUAGGGUCCUUCCUCAUUAGUCUGGAGUCAACAAUUUCGGUUCCACCAUGGAAAGCCCCCAAGGAGUUCAAGCAGGGAGCUGAUGAGUCUACUGUGGUUCUCACUGUCACCGGGGAGCUCUGCCACUUUCCCUUUCAGUACCACCGAAGGCUGCACCACAAAUGCAUCCACAAGGGCUGGCCAGGCUCCCGAACCUGGUGUGCUACCACUCCCAACUUUGAUGAGGACCAGCAGUGGGGAUACUGCCUGGAGCCCAAGAAAGUGAAAGACCACUGCAGCAAACACAGCCCCUGCCACAAAGGAGGGACAUGUGUGAACACGCCAAAUGGCCCACACUGCCUCUGUCCAGAACACCUCACUGGGAAGCACUGCCAGAGAGAGAAGUGCUUCGAACCUCAACUUCUCCGGUUCUUCCAUGAGAAUGAGAUGUGGUUUAGAACUGGGCCAACAGGUGUGGUCAAAUGCCAGUGCAAGGGUCCUCGGGCUCACUGCAAGCCACUGGCCAGUCAGGCCUGCCACACCAAUCUGUGCCUCAAUGGAGGCAGCUGCCUAGAGGUGGAAGGCCACCAACUGUGCCAUUGCCCCGAGGGCCACACUGGACCCUUUUGCGACUUAGACUAUAAGGCGACGUGCUAUGUUGGCCGGGGGCUCAGCUACCGGGGCAAGGCUGGGACCACUCUAUCGGGUGCACCGUGUCAGCGGUGGACCUCGGAGGCCACCUACCGGAACAUGACAGCGAAGCAAGCGCUGAGUUGGGGCCUGGGCCACCAUGCCUUCUGCCGGAACCCAGAUAAUGACACCCGGCCAUGGUGCUAUGUAUGGAAUGGCGACAGGCUGAGCUGGGAGUAUUGCGACCUGGAGCAAUGCCAGGCCACAACCCCGGCGGCGCCUACAGCCCGAGUUCCCCCUGGACAUCAGAACCUGCCGGCGCCCCGGCCUUCAACACUGCAGACGCCUCAGCCCACGUCGCAGACGCCACCUCAGUCCUCUACCCUAGCCUUGUCCGCGCAGCGGCCUCCUCUGUCCAGGACCAGCACGCUGGGCUGCGGGCAGCGGCUCCGCAAGCGACUGUCCUCGCUGAGUCGCGUCGUAGGUGGAAUGGUGGCACUGCCCGGGGCUCACCCCUACAUAGCCGCGGUGUACUGGGGUGACAGCUUCUGCGGCGGCAGCCUCAUCGCCCCCUGCUGGGUGCUGACUGCAGCUCACUGCCUGCAGAACCGGCCUGCGCCGGAGGAGCUGAAAGUGGUGCUUGGUCAAGAUCGCCAUAACCAGAGCUGUGAGCAAUGCCAGACGUUGGCGGUGCACUCCUACCGCCUGCACGAGGGCUUCUCGCCCAUCACCUAUCAGCACGACCUGGCUCUGCUGCGCCUGCAGGAGACCCAGGGAGACAGCUGCGCGAUCCUGUCGCCUCACGUGCAGCCGGUGUGCCUGCCCAGCAGCGCCACCCCGCCCUCGGAAUCUGAGACUGCGCUCUGUGAGGUGGCCGGCUGGGGUCACCAGUUUGAGGGCGCGGAGGAAUACUCCACCUUCCUGCAGGAGGCACAGGUGCCAUUCAUCUCCACGAAUCUCUGCUCCAGCUCUGAUGUGCACGGGGACGCCAUCCUCCCCGGAAUGCUCUGCGCUGGCUUCCUGGAGGGCGGCACCGACGCCUGCCAGGGUGACUCUGGGGGCCCUCUGGUGUGUGAAGAUGAGGCUGCAGAGAACCGGCUCACCUUGCGGGGUGUCAUCAGCUGGGGCUCUGGCUGUGGUGACCGCAACAAGCCCGGAGUGUACACUGAUGUGGCCUACUACUUGUCUUGGAUCCAAGAGCACACUGCUUCCUAACUGUUUAGGGAAAGAUCAUUUCUUCCCCUGUGUUCCUGGAGUGGGCCGGUGGCUAUGGCAUGAUCCUCCACACUGAAGAUUGUACUCCGGGCCACCAGUCAAGUCCCAAGGGCACAGGGACCCAAUAAAGUGCUUCAAAAAUGCU